GAGGCCGAAGCAUUCUGUCCCCGCGCCCACCUCCUCCCGCUGAGGCCGCAGUGGAAAAGUUUGGGGAGGAGCCGCGAGCCAGGAGGACACGUUUGCAUUCCUCAGCCGGUGCUCUCAGGUGCCUGGACAGGGAGGAGGACACCUGGACAGUCCCUGGCUGCCACUCCUCCCGGGGGCCGGGGUGAUGAAACUCCGGACACUUUGCACCCGUCCCAGGUCCCUCCCCAGGCUUAUAAAGGUUGUGGCGCUGAGCGCUGGGGAUAACUUCCCCGGCAGGCCCGGCGUCAGAGAGACUCUGCCACCGCGUGGCCCCAGGCUCUGCACCGCAGCAACGCCGGCUUCUCCCGAGGCGUCCGGUCCGCUGGCGCCCAGCGUAGCUGGAGCUCCCACAGCCAGCAAAUGGAGACGCUGCUUCCCGCGGGCCCGGCCCGGACGCUGCUGCUCUGCCUGGGUUUUCAUCUGUUACACUCAGUUCUCAGCACGACUGUGAUUCCGUCCUGCAUCCCAGGAGAGUCUGACAGUAACUGCACAGCUUUAGUCCAGAUGGAAGACAACCCACGUGUGGCUCAAGUGUCAAUCACGAAGUGUGCCUCAGACAUGCAGGGCUACUGUCUGCAUGGGCAGUGCAUCUACCUGGUGGACAUGAGUGAGAAUUAUUGCCGAUGUGAUGUGGGUUACACUGGUGUCCGAUGUGAACACUUCUUCUUAACCGUCCACCAACCUUUGAGCAAAGAAUACGUAGCCCUCACUGUAAUUCUUGUCAUCUUGGUUUUUGUCAUCAUUGUUGGUUCCAUAUACUAUUUCUGCAGAUGGUACAAAAAUCAGAAAAGAAAAGAGUCGAAGAAGGAGUAUGAAAGAGUAACCUCGGCAGAGCUGGCAUUGCCCCAAGUCUGAGGGCUUCUCCAGCUGGGGCCGGGCCAGCGCACCCAGGGCCCUGGUUCACCUUCCUCUCCCUAUUUUAUUAAUAAUAUUUAUAUUGGGUCAUGUGUUAGGUCAACAGCGGUAUAUUUUUAAUAUACUUAGAAAAUUUUUUUUUAAUUUUUGUCUUGUUUUUGACAGACCAUACAGUGCUCAGGGCUGUGCCAGUGAGUUACAGGCUUCUGUGAAUCUAAACUGUGGUCAGAUCAACUGAACACACAGUGUUUUCCUCCUCCUCUGAUCGGUGGCCCAUGUUGUGGUCCAAUACCCUGCCAACACUGGCACUUCUGUGUUAUGCAGUAAAACUCAUCUGUUAAGAGUACGAUAAACAGAUACAGGUCAGGUGCCACCCGUCACACCCCUGAAGGAAACCCAGCCAAGAAGAAUGACCCUUCACCCUGACCGAGUCAUGUGGAGGGGAGGAGAGAUGGUCCCCAGGCCACCCACAAUGCCUGCAGACCCUCACAGUCACCCACCUAGCAGACUCCUCACUGGUGUGGGGUGGGCAUUUUCAUGUCAGUUCCUGUCAAUCCUGGUUGCACUGGAGUGGAAAUGAAGUAAGCAUUGCUGCAAGUGUGGGCAUUUUUUGGCUUGUGUGACAUCCACAGUUGAAACAGUACAUGGGGUUCCUUUGUUAGAGUAUUUAUUUUCAUAAAGAGUUUGCUAAGGAACUUUAAGAUUAAAUCAGAGUCUAAAAUUUGAAGGAUUUUAAAAAAUGCAAUGUGACAGUACUUUCAGAUAUUGUCAUAAGAUAAACUUACUUCAUUUCUAUCCAAGAAAAAUUUUAACUUACAAAUAUCUCAUUAAGUAGCUUCUUCUAAAGCCAAAAUCUAUAUUUUUAGCAUAUAUCCUGACAUAGACAGUGGGGAAAAGGAGGGAAAACAAAUAAUAGUGUGUGUUUCUAAGCGAGAAGCUCAUUCAAAAUCUUCUGAACAUUCAGACUUAGCCACACCUUCCUUUGGAGGCAGAUAUGAGAGCUGGUCCUUUCUCCUGUUUAUUUUAUGGAAGAGGCUGAGUUUUGUCACCAACUCUGUUCUCAGUGAAUGCGUGGGUCAGUCCCCACUCCACAAAGUCCACUGAGCUGCCCCUGGACGCCGGGCGGGGAGGCUUAGCUAUUUCUACUCCCUUUUUUGGCCAUGAGCUGCAGCUGUCCCUCAGGUGCCAGGUACAAGGCUUGGGUCCCAAAGGCGCCCUGCUUGACACAGCCAGUACAUUCCUUCGCAUUCAAGGGCUCUCAGCUAAGCUGCUGAGGCUGCAGCUGGAGAAACAGGCAGAAAUGUACAUAUCUACCUCCUUACGCUCAGGCGGGUGCCAGCCAUCACAGAACUACAGUUAUUCAUCACUCGGUUAACUGAUACAUAAAACUUAAAGACAUGAUAAGGGGAAAUAAAAUAAAAUUCAGUGAGCCCUUAAAGUAUAUUUAUUUCUCACUUCAUGUAGCUGAAGUCAAAUAUGUCACACAAGGACCUAUUUUAAAUCCUCUAAGGAGACAUUGACAUCUACUGAAUUUACAGGACGCCUGCCUAUUUUCAGAGAUCUUGGCUGCUUCGAAAAAAAUUUAUUGGCAAAUAGCUACAGUUAUAAGCAGUUUAUUGUAAGCGUUUCAGUAUUGCUAUAUUGACCUAUUUUCAACAUCAUUCUUUACAUACUUGCAUCAGGUAAAAUAAAUUACCUUAUGCAAGUCAUUUAGGAUAUUCUUAUUUUUACUUAAAAAUGCUGUUGAUACACAACUGUAGUCCCAGCACUCAGGAGGCUGAGGCAGGAGGAUUGCAAGUUUGAGGCCAGUCUGGACUACACAGCAAGACCCUGUCUCACGAGAAGUGCGAAAAACUAACUCCUGAAUUUAAUGUUUAUAAGUGCAUAUUAAAUAAUGAAAAAUUAUGAAAAAAAUUAUGACCCAAAUUUCACGUUUUGGUGAAAAUAAGUAAAAAAUGAUUGUUUUAGGAAGGGAAAGGCAAAGUAAAAAAAAAAUGAUCACCAUCAGUUCAUGUUUCCUAUAGAUAAUGAAAAUAUUUUGGCCCAUAUUUAGUCUGUCUUUAUCAUUUUACAGAUUCCUUGUUGAAACAGUGCAUCGGGUUCCUUUGUUAGAGUAUUUUCUGUCACACAUGCAUAUGUGUCAAAGAUGAUGUAAUGGCCAAUACAAUCUCAAAUGCAAAAAUACAUAAUUUGUCAUCUCCCAUUAAAGCUAUUCAAUAACCCCGUAGCCACACUAUAUAAUCAAGGCCAUUGCAGUUAUAACUGGUGCUAAGUAGAGAUUUAUUUAUGGCUUGUCUUAGGCACCGGUCCACAGUAGAGCACUGCUUUUCACUACCUGCUUUCCCUCUCGUCUCUCUGGCAGGAGCCACAGCAGUAACAGAAGUGGUGAUUGGUGUGAUUUUGUCUUAAAUUGUUGCUUUUGAAUCCUGGGCAAAACAGGCAGCUAAAUUUAACUGCCAUCAGGUAUUAAGUCAAUUUUUACAUAAAUGACAGUGUCUUAUAUCUGUUUAAUUCAAUAAUACAAUUAAAACCAGGUUUGUCUUUGCUUCAGUUUCUACUCUAUCUUAUAGAACUUCGGGAAAAAGUAUUGGAUUGCUGACCAGUGUUUUCUAUUUUGUUUUUACUCUUAGUAGAGAAAGGAGAAUAUAUGCACUUUCUGAGUAUGCAGGGUUUUCACUAAGGAAAUGUGAUGUCUAAAACAGAUGUGUUCCUCAAGUCUGAUAGAAUGAAAUGUAACACAGUGUAUUUUGCUCUUAUAAUACCACGUUUGCACUCUGUAACUGCACGUUGAAGUCUAAAGAGCCAUUUGAAUAUACAGUUUCUAUUAAAGACGCUAUGGAACAUAAAGUCGCAUUGUGUGCAGUUUAACAUAACUUAUCUGAUUAUGAAUUUUAUCUGAGUACUGAAUUGUAUCAAUUUGUUUAUUUUCAAUAUCAACUUUGGUAAUUGUGUACCUUAAGAUAUUGAAGGAGAAUAUAGAUAAUUUAUAAGAUGUUAUUAACUUUUAUUUAUUUUUGUUUGGAACUGGCAAAAAAUACAAUUGUGAAAUAAAAAUGCAUUAAACACCAUGCAUAAAAA